CGAUAGAGAGAGAGAAGAAGCAUUUGGGAAAAUCGAUUGAAAACCCUAGGAGAGAGAAAACAAAAAAUCUAGACGGAGACUAAUGGCGACAGCGAAUCCUGGCCGUGGAGGUGGUAGAAGAGGCGGUGGACCUAUGGAUGACGAUAAGCUGGUGUUCGAGACGACGGAAGGGAUCGAGCCCAUCACUAGCUUUAAUGAUAUGGGGAUAAAGGAAGAUGUGCUUCGCGGUGUUUACGAGUAUGGAUUCGAGAAGCCUUCCGCGAUUCAGCAGAGAGCGGUUAUGCCGAUUCUUCAAGGACGCGAUGUUAUUGCUCAAGCUCAGUCUGGUACGGGGAAGACAUCUAUGAUUGCUCUCUCCGUUUGCCAAGUUGUUGAUACUUCUUCUAGAGAGGUUCAGGCGUUGAUAUUAUCCCCAACAAGAGAGCUGGCUACACAAACAGAGAAGACGAUACAAGCUAUUGGAUUACACGCCAAUAUUCAGGCACAUGCUUGCAUCGGUGGGAAGAGUGUUGGAGAAGACAUCAGGAAGCUGGAGCAUGGUGUUCAUGUUGUGUCUGGGACACCUGGUCGUGUCUGUGACAUGAUAAAGAGGAGAAGUCUUCGUACCAGAGCUAUUAAACUUCUGAUUCUUGAUGAAUCAGAUGAAAUGCUGAGCAGAGGGUUCAAAGACCAAAUCUAUGAUGUUUACAGAUAUCUUCCACCAGAUCUUCAGGUUUGCUUGGUUUCUGCAACCCUUCCUCACGAGAUUUUGGAGAUGACAUCUAAGUUUAUGACGGAGCCAGUAAAGAUACUUGUGAAGCGUGAUGAGUUGACUCUUGAAGGAAUCAAACAAUUUUUUGUUGCUGUUGAGAAAGAGGAGUGGAAAUUUGAUACACUCUGUGAUCUUUAUGACACACUUACUAUCACUCAAGCUGUUAUCUUCUGCAAUACAAAACGAAAGGUGGAUUAUCUAAGUGAGAAAAUGAGAAGUAACAACUUCACUGUCUCAUCAAUGCACGGGGACAUGCCUCAGAAGGAGAGAGACGAGAUCAUGAAUCAGUUCCGGUCAGGUGAAAGUCGUGUUUUGAUCACAACUGAUGUAUGGGCACGUGGGAUUGAUGUGCAGCAAGUUUCUCUUGUCAUCAAUUAUGAUCUCCCCAACAACCGUGAGCUGUACAUCCAUCGUAUUGGACGGUCUGGUCGAUUUGGGCGUAAGGGUGUUGCAAUCAACUUUGUUAAAAGCGAUGAUAUCAAGAUCCUCCGAGACAUUGAGCAGUACUACAGUACCCAGAUUGAUGAGAUGCCAAUGAAUGUAGCUGAUCUUAUCUAAAAGAGCUUGUCUGAGGGUUUUUUGCUUUCAGCGGGAAGUGUCUGGAUGAGAAAGUAUUGUUGAGAGCUUCUGUCAAAUUAUUGCACUAUCUUAUGGUGUGGUUCCUUGUGAUGUUUCUAUGGGCUCUUUUGAACAAACUUAAAACUCGCGU